AUGGCUGAAUUUCUAGUAUUGAAUUUGGCUGAGGCUUUUGUGUCCCAAGCAAUCCAAAGAAUCGAUGACCUCCUCACACAUGAAGCUGAUUCCUUGAGCAGCGUGAAGAAUGAUGUGGAGAAUUUGCGAACCGAGUUGACUCGGAUCAAGUGCUUCUUGGAAGAUGCCAGCAACAAGCAGAAACAAGACAAGCGUGUCCGAAACUGGGUGGCAGAAGUUCGAGACCUCGCUUGCGAGAUUGAGGAUGCCAUUGACACUUACAUAUACAAAGUUCACUCCUCCUGUGUACUCAAGGGUGGCUUUCACCUCAUUAAACUCCGAAAGAGGAUAAACUCUAUCAAGGAUAAGCUCAGAAGCAUCAGCGAAAGCAGGCAAAGGUACCAGAUUCAGUUUAGUAGUGGAGAAGUAUUUGAUUCUUUGAGGAAUUUGAGGAGAUCAUAUCCGGAUGAUGAUGAAGAAGAUGGUCAUGUUAUAAGCAUGGAGAGUACCAUGGCGGCUUUGAAGGCUCAGCUGAUGAAAGAGGAAGAUCGGCGGUCCAUUGUAUCUAUUGUAGGUAUGGGAGGGUUGGGCAAGACAACUUUAGCCAAGAAAGUCUAUAAAGAUGUUGAUGUAAUGAAGCAAUUCGAUUGCCACGCUUGGGUUUUUGUAUCGCAAAAGUACGUGCUAAGGGAGGUCUUGUCGGAAAUCCUUAUGCAAGUUGGUUUCCAGGCCGAACAGGAAAGAAUUUUGCGGAAGGAAAUAAUACCUAUCAAGGAGCUUUUAGAAGAAAGGAGAAAUAGAAGAGAGAUUCUAAAAGGGCUGGAAGAUCAUGACUUGGUUGAAAGCAUAAAAGAUGAGUUAAGAGAUAAGAGGUAUCUUAUAGUUCUUGAUGAUGUUUGGAGCAUUGAGGCUUGGUCUACUAUUCAAAGUGCUUUUCCAAUAGGGAAGCCGGGAAGCAAAAUUUUAUUUACCACGCGCAUCGAGAGAGUAGCGUUCUCUGCUGAUCCUCAGAGCUCUGCAAUCAAACCUCCGCUUUUAACGCCUGAAGAGAGCUGGGAGCUUCUUAAGCGUAAAGCAAUUCCGAGCAAGGCUUUGAGUGAAAGCGGUGGUUAUCCAUCAGAAUUUGAGGAACUAGGAAAGGAGAUGUUGGAUAAAUGUGGAGGACUACCUCUUGCAAUUGUUGUACUUGCAGGAUUAUUGAGAACAAAGAUUAACUCAUCACAGCAAUUGGAAAAGCUGAAGAAAGAUGUGAAGACACUCAUCAUCAAUAAUCUCAAAUCGGAGCGGCAAUACCGAGUGGAAGAUAUCUUGGAAUUGAGCUUCCAAGAUUUGCCUUAUUAUUUGAAACCAUGCUUUCUUUAUUUAGGAAUCUUUCCAGAAGAAACUGAUAUUCCGAAAAGAAAAUUGAUUCGACUAUGGAUUGCAGAAGGCUUUGUACCAAUAUUGGGAGGAGAAGUACAAGCAGAAAAUAUAGCUGAACAAUACUUGGGAGAGCUAAUAGAUAGAUGCAUGGUUCAAGUGGGGAAGAGGGACCAUACAGGAAAAGGCGUCAAAACAUGUCAAUUGCACGAUCUAUUUCGAGACUUCUGCACAUCUAAAUCAAAGGAGGAAGUUUUCUUUGGGAUUAUGAAGCAAAACAAUAUGAACAUGAUGGUGCCCAGUUCUUCAGUCCAUCAUUACUCUCCUACAACUCAUGCACGUCGCGUCACUAUUCAUGUUAACCAUGGUCGGGAUUGCGGUGCACCAUCGAUGCAACAAGUACACCCCCAUCUUCGUUCGCUUUUAUGCUUCGGUAUGCAUACUCUUCCUUUUUUAUCCCUAAGAAAGAAAAGUCUUAUGCUGUUAAGAGUGUUGGAACUUGAUUUUAUUAGGGGAAGAUUUACAGAUACUAAACUUCUGAGGGGAAUCGGUAAUUUAGUUCACUUGAGGUACAUGAGGAUAUGCGGUAUCGAGAAAAAGUGGAGAUUGCCAAACUCCAUCGGUAACUUGCCGAAAUUGCACACUCUAGAUCUUGGAGAUAAUUCGGAAGUCUUUCUUCCUAGGACAUUAUCAAGACUGAUUAAUUUGAGAUAUUUAUCAUUGCCUUGCUCAACAAGAGCAUGUCCCAUAGUAAGAAGUCCUCUGUUUGGAAACAAUUGCCUAACAAAUAUUGAGAAAUUGAAGGGUGUUAAUGCUAGGGAUUUAAUCAGAAAUGGUGCAGUCCUCCCAUUGCCUAAUAUUUUGAAGUUAGAAAUAAGAAUGUUCAGAAGAGAUAACGAUGUUGGCUUGGUCCUUAAGUCCCUCAGCUCUCGAUUAGGCCAUCUUCGAUCCUUAUGCAUUGAACUGAACGAAUGCGAUUUUUCAGAUCUGCAAUUACUUUCUCACUGCUAUGAUCUCACCAAAUUGGGUCUGUUUGGUGGUUCAUCACAGCAGAACUUUUCCUUCAUACCGAAAAGCCUCACCAAAUUGGAACUGGCCUAUUUUCUGUUAAAUCAGGACAAGUUUGUGGUCUUAGAAAAGCUUCCAAACUUGAGGAUUCUCCAAUUGAGGAGUGACUACUUGAGUUAUGAUACUGAGGACAGAUCACACUAUGAAGGGUACAAAUUGGUGUGCUCUGCCGGUGGGUUUCCUAAGCUGGAGAUUCUCAAGCUUCGUCGGUUACAAGGAUUAGUGGAGUGGGAAGUGGAAGAAAGUGCAAUGACCAAUAUCAAGAGAUUAGAUAUAGAACGCAUUCCAAAACUAUGGAUGAUGCCGGAGGGGCUGAAAUAUGUCACCACUCUUCGCGAGUUGAAUAUUUGUUCCAUGUGGAAGGUAUUCGAAAACAGGCUUAAAGUCGAAGAUGGAAUCGAAGGGGAAGAUUUCCACAAGGUGCAACAUAUACCCUCCAUCUCAUUUUCGCACACUUGGUGGGAAUACAUGGCGUAUGAGUAAUUUGUGUAAGAUUCUUGACUGUCUUCAUCAGCUAAUAGCAAUGCACAACAACUACCACUCCUCAACUCCAUGUCUGGUAUGCAGACAAGGAUUGCUGCUGCGCUCAUGACUACCUAAGUCACUUGCAUCAAACUGCAACCACCAUUGGAAGUUUUGUUGAUCAUAUUCAGAUUAAUUUCUUCUUUCUUUUCUGUACAAAGGAGGUUUAAUUAAUUGCAAUGCUUAUAUGUUUUGGGAGCUGUAUAUGUGCAUGAUUGUUUGA